AUGUAUGUGAGUAGGCGUUGGAGCUCUCCAGCUCCACGGGAAUUGUUACAAACGGUGCGGAAUGCUGCUCUGUCGACAUUGGUGAGCCGAAAUAGCAAUUCCGGUCAGCAGUUGUUGCUUCCAGCUCAAGCUUCCUAUCCUGGUAGUAAGAAGAGGCCAGGUCGCCUGGACGUCCUUAUCAAUAAUGCCGGCGGCGGCGUCGACGCUAAGCUUUUACAUGGCGACAUGUCUCUGCGAGAGUGCUUCAACAAAGCCUACGACUUGAACGUUUCAGGCACCAACGUUAUGAUGUGGACGUUUACUCCACUUUUGCUCAUGUCUGCCGAGCUUCGUCUGAUCUUCCUUGCUGGUCUUUCGUAG